CGUGGUGCGUGGGUCCUGCUUUCGGUGGCUAGACGGUCUGCGGGGACACCCGGUCCUGGGGGGGCCUCUCCAGUCCCCGUCUCCCUCGCCUCCGCAGCCCUCUCUCCCAGCGCUUGGACGCGAUCCCGCGACCUGCGCGGACGCCCCUCCUUCAGGAUCUAAAAUGGCCACCGAGGCACAAAGAGUUGAUGACAGCCCAAGCACUAGUGGAGGAAGUUCUGAUGGAGACCAACGUGAAAGUGUUCAGCAAGAACCAGAAAGAGAGCAAGUUCAGCCCAAGAAAAAGGAGGGGAAAAUAUCCAGCAAAACAGCUGCUAAAUUGUCAACUAGUGCUAAAAGAAUUCAGAAGGAACUUGCAGAAAUUACGUUGGACCCUCCUCCCAACUGUAGUGCUGGACCCAAAGGAGACAACAUUUAUGAAUGGAGGUCAACUAUAUUGGGACCCCCAGGAUCUGUCUAUGAAGGAGGGGUGUUCUUUCUUGACAUUACCUUUUCACCAGACUAUCCGUUUAAACCCCCUAAGGUUACCUUCCGAACAAGAAUCUACCACUGUAAUAUUAACAGCCAAGGUGUGAUCUGUCUGGAUAUCCUAAAGGACAACUGGAGUCCGGCCCUCACCAUUUCUAAAGUGCUCCUCUCCAUCUGCUCACUUCUUACAGAUUGCAACCCUGCUGACCCUCUGGUGGGCAGCAUUGCCACACAGUACAUGACCAACAGAGCGGAGCACGACCGAAUGGCCAGACAGUGGACCAAGCGGUAUGCCACAUAGGGGCCUGCUGCCUGCCGCCCCCGCCGGACCUGUGCAAGCACAUUCACCAAGUGCAUCAAUAGCCCUGCCCACCCCUCCGGACCUCAGUUCUUAUUUUCUUAUUUUUAUUAAGUUUUGAACCGUUUGUGAUGGUAUGUCAUCCUCCCCCCCACUCCGUUCUCCCUCUUUCCCCUUCCUCCUUUUCCUUUGCUUUCCCUUCUCUCCCACCCCUGUUUUAUUCCCUUUUUAAUUUCUGUUAACUUGAAAGAUUGGGGUUUGUUGUUUUUUCCCAGCUCAAUGUGGAUGGGACUUUUUUUUUCAAUGCAAACAACGUUGGGUCUGUAAUAGUAAGAGCGUUCUCACAAAGCUUUGUAUUACUGUGUGGUUUUGUUUUUUGUUGUUCGUUUUAUUUUGAUUUUUUUUUCUUUUAUGUGAUCUUUGGAAAAACACGAAUUCAGAAUUAUAUCUCGUUUCUACUUAAAUGUAGUGCUUAGGGUUAAUUUUUUGUACUAAAGUCUUUAUUGGUGGGUGCAUGCUACUGGGAACAAGUUUUUGUACAAAAGCUUCAAUCAGAAUCACUGUGCAUUACUGAGACUCUGUUUAUCACUAGCCUUCUGUCCCCCACACAGAAGACUGUUGGAUUGAACAAAAUAAUAAGUAUUUUCAUUUACUUAAAGUGCUUGUAAAUUUCUUAGGGACCUGCCACUUUUGACUGUGGAUCAGUUGAUGUACACUUGUAUUAUUAAAGCACUCAAUAAAUCACUGUGGCUGAUAAAUGCA